CGUGCAGGAUCUCUCGUUCGGGCAUCAGUCUCAGUUUGUCUACACUGCCAGACACAAUCCCCUCACAAACCAACAUGUUCAAGCUCGUUGUUUUGUUCGCCGUGAUCGCUGUUGCCGCCGCCAAGCCCGGUUUCCUGGCUGCAGUUCCGGCUGUUGAGACGCGCACCGCUGUGAUCGGUGAAACUACCGUGGAAUCCCACGGCAACGCCGUGGUUCAUGCUGCUGCUCCAGUCACCACCAGCAUCAGCAGCCCAGCCCUCAUUGAGUCCAGAGCCAUCCUCCCCGCUGUUGCUCCAGUUGUCCACUCAGCGCCUUUCAUCACCUACCCUGCUCCAGCUCCUGUCUUUGCCUCUUAUCGAUACGGACCUCAGUACUUUUAAAUCUGUCGAUUCCUCUAACUUUACUCAUACUUUAUUAUCAUUUUCACUGUUUUGAUAUUUAAUGCAUGCGUGUCGUGUUUUAUCGAAAUCCAUUUGUUUGUCAGUGCCUGCUUAAAUUUUCGUACAGCUGAAACUUUCUCAUUAUUGAUGUCGAUCGAUACAACGUAUGUACCGUCCAUCCCAUUGUCAUUUUGAGUGCGCCAUUACUUCUGCUUACCCAUGGACAUCACUUGAAUCGAAGAGUUGCAAGAAGACCAUUGUUACACGACAAUAUUUCUUGUCGUAACAGCUCAUGCAAUAAUGA